AUGGCAGCCACGUUGUCUCCGCCCGUGGUCCCCGCAGAGCUCGAGGCAGACCGGUGUGUGGCAGAAGGGGAGAUCCGUUCAGAGGCGGAGGACAGUCCGCCUCAGCCCGGGCCCGUGACCCACAACCGCCUCUCCAAACUGCCCCUGGCCCGCAUCAAAGCGCUCAUGAAAACCGACCCAGACGUGUCACUCGCCAGCCAGGAGUCUGUCUUCAUCAUCGCGAAGGCCACGGAGUUGUUUGUUGAGAUGAUUGCCAAAGAUGCCAUGGUCUAUGCCCAGCAAGGAAAGCGCAAAACUUUGCAAAGAAAAGACUUGGAUAAUGCAAUCGAGGCUAUAGAUGAGUUUGCAUUUCUUGAAGGCACGUUGGACUGA